AUGGAGGACAAGGGACUGGGGAAUGAGAGCCCAGGGAAGUGGGAUGUUCGAGAUGGAACGGGAACAGAGUGGGACAACAAGGAAAGAGAUACCAUGAUAAAUGAAGGCAACAUGGAGAUGACCAUGACCCAACUCAGCUUCCUGCUGUUUAUCAUCCUGGCCACCGGAAGUUGCAGUGUUGAGAACCUGGAUACCAACAAAUGGACCAAUUCUGUGUCUUCCUCUCUGUUCAGAAGCUGCAAAGAAAUCAAGCAGGAGAUGACUGGAGCACAAGAUGGCCUCUAUUUCCUCCGCACGGAGAAUGGUGUCAUCUACCAGACCUUCUGUGACAUGACCACUGCAGGUGGUGGCUGGACCCUGGUGGCCAGUGUGCAUGAGAACAACAUGGGCGGGAAGUGCACAGUGGGUGAUCGCUGGUCCAGUCAGCAAGGAAACAGAAACGACUACCCAGAGGGGGAUGGCAACUGGGCCAACUACAACACCUUUGGGUCUGCAGAGGGGGCCACAAGUGAUGACUACAAGAACCCUGGCUACUUUGACAUCCAGGCUGAGAACCUGGGUAUCUGGCAUGUGCCCAACAAAAGCCCUCUGAAAAAGUGGAAGGAGAGAUCCCUGCUGAGGUACCGCACCUUCAGUGGCUUCCUGAAUCAGCUGGGCCACAAUCUGUUUGGCCUGUACAAGAAGUACCCAGUGAAAUAUGGAGCAGGGAAGUGUUGGACUGACAAUGGCCCAGCAAUACCUGUGGUCUAUGACUUUGGUGAUGCUCAGAAGACAGCCUCUUAUUACUCCCCCCUUGGCCGGAAUGAAUUCACCGCAGGAUUCAUCCAAUUCAGAGUGUUUAAUAAUGAGAGAGCAGCCAAUGCCUUGUGUGCUGGAAUGAGGGUCACUGGAUGUAACACUGAGCAUGUGAGUCUGUGCUGCACACAGGACUGUGGACUGGUUCUCUCUACAGAUGGCCUCUAUUUCCUCCGCACGGAGAAUGGUGUCAUCUACCAGACCUUCUGUGACAUGACCACUGCAGGUGGUGGCUGGACCCUGGUGGCCAGUGUGCAUGAGAACAACAUGGGUGGGAAGUGCACAGUGGGCGAUCGCUGGUCCAGUCAGCAAGGCAGCAGAAUCGACUACCCAGAGGGAGAUGGCAACUGGGCCAACUACAACACCUUUGGGUCUGCAGAAGGGGCCACAAGCGAUGACUACAAGAACCCUGGCUACUUUGACAUCCAGGCUGAGAACCUGGGUAUCUGGCAUGUGCCCAACAAUAGCCCUCUGAAAAAGUGGAAGAAGAGCUCCCUGCUGAGGUACCGCACAUUCAGUGGCUUCCUGAAUCACCUGGGCCAUAAUCUGUUUGGCCUGUACAAGAAGUUCCCCGUGAAAUAUGGAGCUGGGAAGUGUUGGACUGACAAUGGCCCAGCAAUACCUGUGGUCUAUGACUUUGGUGAUGCUCAGAAGACAGCCUCUUAUUACUCCCCCUUUGGCCAGAAUGAAUUCACUGCAGGAUACAUCCAAUUCAGAGUGUUUAAUAAUGAGAGAGCAGCCAACGCCUUGUGUGCUGGAAUGAGGGUCACUGGAUGUAACACUGAGCAUCACUGCAUUGGUGGAGGAGGAUUCUUCCCAGAAGGUAACCCUCGGCAGUGUGGAGACUUCUCUUCAUUUGAUUGGGAAGGAUAUGGAACUCACAAGGGGGCCAGCAAUAGCAAGGAAAUAACUGAUGCAGCUGUGCUCCUGUUCUACCGUUAA